AUGUGUGGCAGAAAAACCAUCUGUAGCCAGAGGAGUAGCAACUGCAUUAUCUCAAGGGAGUUUUGUAACGUCACAGUCACAAGUGUUUUAGGGCAUCUCAAUGAUACAGAGUUUGCUGACCCACAGUACAGAAACUGGAGAGGCGUUGAUCCUAGCCAUUUGUUUAAUGCUCCAAUCAUAACUUUUACUUCUGAAUCUAAUAAGACAGUGGCAAAAAAUAUUAAAGACGAAAGCAGAACUGCAAAUAAGCUAUUUAUUUGGACAGAUAACGAUAGAGAAGGAGAGCAUAUUGGCUAUGAAAUUUUUAAAAUUGCAUGCAGUAGUAACCCGAAUCUCACGAUGAGUAACGUGCACAGAGCAGUUUUUAACAACAUUGAAGAAUCUCAUAUACGACAAGCAGCAAAGAAUCCUCGUCAAUUAGAUAUGAGACUUGUGAAUGCUGUUAUAGCUCGAAUAGAAAUUGAUUUUCGAAUAGGAACAGCUUUAACACGCUUUCAAACUCUCGCUAUUCAGGAUGCCAUUACCACUCUUAAAAAAGACGUAAUUUCUUAUGGACCUUGCCAGUUCCCUACUCUUGGAUUUGUGGUUGAUCAAUAUAAUCGAGUAACAAAGUUUGUACCAGAAAACUUUUGGUAUAUAUCUAUUGACGCCAAAAUGCCACAAAGUUUUGUUGAUUUCCAAAAACAACAACAACAGAAUGAAGAAAACACAAAUACUAAAAGACGAAAGACUUCUAAGAAUCGCAUUGAUGUCCUUAAGUUUACGUGGAGUCGUACUCGACUGUUUGAUAGAGCUGUUGCAUACGUUCUGUUUCACAGAUGUAUCAACACCGGAACUCGGGCACAAGUUAUCAAUGUCAAAAAGGUUCCUACAUCUCGUUGGAGGCCUUUACCUUUAACAACAGUCGAGCUGCAAAAGGUUUGCUCUAAGUUCAGAGGAUUAACACCUAAAAAGGUUUUAGAUGCUGCCGAAAAACUGUACAAUAAAGGGUUCAUAUCUUAUCCCCGCACGGAAACAGAUGUUUUUGACGAAUCAAUUGAUUUAAACAAGCUAGUGGAAAAACAGUUUCAUUCCCCUGAAUGGGGUAAUUAUGCAAAGCGGCUUCUUGGUCAUACACAACCUCCGCAGCCCCCGACAAUAUGCACUCCCAGAAAGGGAAAACAUAACGAUAAAGCACAUCCACCCAUCCAUCCGGUUGCGUUUGUCAACUCGUCCGCUUUAGAAGAUGAAGGUCAACGGAUAGUUUUUGAAUUUGUUGCUCGCAGAUUUUUGGCAUGCGUUUCUCCCGACGCUAAAGGCGCUACUACCACAAUAACAUUGAACUGGGGCGGCGAAACAUUUUUUGCAUCUGGCCUAGAGGUUCUGGAAAGAAAUUUUCUUGAGGUUUAUUAUCCAUAUCAAACAUGGGCUUCUUCGGCGGUCCAAAUCCCACCAAAUCUAUUUUCUCCAGGUGCUACAGUAGAGUUGGAUUCUGCCGAUUUGCUUGAAGGUACUACAUCGCCACCACGCUAUUUAUCUGAAACUGACUUGAUUUCUCUUAUGGAUGCAAACGGAAUUGGAACAGAUGCAACCAUGGCAGAUCACAUUCAAACUAUCAUUGAUCGGAACUACGUGAAUAAAAUUAACCCACCAGGCGAAAGUGGUGUUUCACGACUAAUACCUUCAGCUUUAGGAUAUGGAUUAGUAGAAGGAUAUGAUAAAAUUGGUUUUGAAAAGUCCCUUUCAAAGCCGUUUUUACGGAAGGAAAUGGAGGAAUCAAUGGUAAAGAUAGCUAAUGGUGUUAGUUCUAAAGAAGAGAUUUUAAGAGCGACUCUUUCUAAAUAUUAUGAUGUAUAUAAUAUUGCACGACGACAGGUAAACGUCUUGGUCAAUACCACAAAGAGUAAUUUUGAAAGAGUGGUUAACAUCGCUAACAAUACAGCUAAUAGUAGUUCAACUCAGGGGAGAGGUCGCAACCGUGGUCAAUCUUCUACUACUUGA